GUUUAUAUAUACAGUAAUGUAAUAUAAAAAUUGUCAUUGGUCAUUUAGAAUUUAAAACUUGAAUAAAAAUGGUGUACUGGCAAUUGAUAUCUUUUUUGUUGACAAUAUCCUGUUUGAUAGUUAACGAAGCGAUUCAAUAUGGAUUAUCGGAUGACAUUAUAAUAAGCUUAUUUGAAGAAGGGACGAUAAGAAUAGCUGUAGAAAAUGGAAACUUGGAAUUAUUAAAGAAUGCUCAUGAAAAUGGAAUUGACUGGGAUGAAGAUACGACUAUUGUAGCUGCUGCAAAAGGAAAUUUGGAAUGUUUAAAAUAUGCUCAUGAAAAUAAAUGCCCCUGGAAUGAAAGAACGACAGAAGCAGCUGCUAAAUAUGGUAAAUUAGAAUGUUUAAAAUUUGCUCAUGAAAAUAAAUGUCCCUGGGAUGAAAGAACGACAGAAGCAGCUGCUAAAUAUGGUAAAUUAGAAUGUUUAAAGUAUGCUCAUGAAAAUGGAUGCCCAUGGAAACAAUCAAAAAUUACAAUAAAUGCUGCAAAAAAGGGUUAUCUAGAAAUUUUAAAAUAUGCAAUAGAAAAUGGUUUUUCGAUGAAUAUAGAUAUAGCUAUUGCAGCUGCCUUAAGUGGUAAAAUAAAUGUAUUAAAAUAUGCACAUAAAAAUGGAUGUCCGUGGGAUGAAAGGAUAACAGAAGUAGCAGCUUUUUAUGGUAAAUUAGAAUGUUUGAAAUAUGCUCAUGAAAAUAAAUGUCCGUGGAGUGAAAGAACAACAGAAGCAGCUGCUUCUAAUGGUAAAUUAGAAUGUUUAAAAUAUGCUCAUAAAAAUAAAUGUCCGUGGAGUGAAAGGACAUCAGAAGCAGCUGCCUCUAAUGGACAAUUAGAAUGUUUAAAGUACGUUUAUGAAAAUAAAUGUCCCUGGAAUGAAAGUACGACAGAAGCAGCAGCUAAAUAUGGUAAAUUAGAAUGUUUAAAGUAUGCUCGUGAAAAUGGAUGUCCAUGGAAUCAAUUAAAAAUUACAAUAACUGCUGCAAAAAAGGGUAAUCUAGAAAUUUUAAAAUAUGCAAUAGAAAAUGGUUGUUCGUGGAAUAUAGUUAUAACUAUUUCAGCUGCCUUUAGUGGUAAUAUAAACAUUUUAAAAUAUGCACAUAUAAAUGAAUGCCCUUGGAAUGAAUUAACGACAAAAGCGGCUGCUUCUAAUGGUAAAUUAGAAUGUUUAAAGUAUGCUCAUGAAAAUAAAUGUCCGUGGAAUGAGAGUACAACAGAAGCAGCUGCCUCUAGUGGCCAAUUAGAAUGUUUAAAAUAUGCACAUGAAAAUAAUUGUGUAUGGGAUGUAUUCACAACAAUAGCUGCUGCCGCUAAAGGACAAUUAGAAUGUUUAAAGUACGCUCGUGAAAAUAAAUGUCCGUGGAAUGAGAGUACAACAGAAGCAGCUGCCUCUAGUGGUCAAUUAGAAUGUUUAAAGUAUGCUCAUGAAAAUGAAUGUCCGUGGAAUGAGAGCACGACAGAAGCAGCUGCCUUUAAUAAUCAAUUAAAAUGUUUAAAAUAUGCUCAUGAAAACAGAUGUCCUUGGGAUGAAAAUACUACAAAAGCAGCUGCUACUAAAUGUAAUUUGGAAAUUUUAAAAUAUGCACACAAGAAUGGAUGUCUGUGGGAUAAGAGUACAACUAGAGCUGCUGCUGCAAGUGGCUGUUUAGACUGUUUGGUAUAUGUUCAUAAUGAAGGAUGUAAUUGGCAUGAAGAUACUAUAGUUGUAGCAGCUGUGCAUGGUAAUUUAAAUUGUUUAAAAUAUGCCCGUAACCUUGGAUAUGAUUGGGUUGAAGGUACGAUGAGAGGGGCUGCAGCAAAUAGUCAUUUAGAAUGCUUAAAGUAUGCCCAUGAAAAUGGGUGUGAGUGGGACGAAGGCACUACAAGGGAAGCUGCUGCUAGUGGUUGUAUUGAAUGUUUGAUAUUUGCACAUAAAAACGGAUAUAAAUGGGAUGAAGGUACAACGAGUGGAGCUGCUGCAAAUGGUCAUUUAGAUUGCCUAAAAUAUGUUCAUGAAAAUGGGUGUGAAUGGGAUGAAGGCACAACAAGACUUGCUGCUGCAAAUGGUGAAUUUGAAUGCUUAAAAUAUGCCCAUGAAAAUAGUUGUCCAUGGAGUAUAAGAACCAUUUAUGAAGCUACUCGCAAUGAUUAUACUGAUAUAACCAACUAUGCUGCCGAAAAUGGUUGUCCUAAUUAAUUUCCUGAUGUAAUAUCGUUAUUUCUAUUAUAUUCAUUUACGUCUGCUAUGAAUAAUUUAUUUUUAAAAUUAAUUGACUUGAUCUUUGAUGUUUGUAUGAAAUAGUAUUGAUUUUUUUUUUGUGGUUUAUGGAUUUUGCUUGUAACGAAACCAAAUUCCGCUCAUCUGGGGAUUUUUAAGCAAAUUACUGAAUAAAAUUUGAUUUUCUAAUA